AUGGACCCAAUCCAAUCGAACGAUUUUCAGAAGUACCCACAAACCCUAAUCUCAGAGCUUGAAGAUUCUGUCAUGGAAGAUGCAGACGAGUCCUUGUUCGAUUCGAUGGUUUGUGAUUCCAAUUCAAGACUCAUCCUAACUGGGUUUACGAGAUCUGACAACGCAGAGGAGGAGUAUUUCAUGUUUAUAAAUGCCGGAGGGGAUGCUUUUAAUGAAGCAGAUGGUGGACUAACGUUCCUGGGUGACACAUUUUUUGAUGGUGGCAACGCUAUGCGUACCGAUGAGCAGAUAGUGGGGGGUGGAGAUUACCCAUUUAUCUAUCAAUCAGCUCGGUUGGGAAGUUUUCAUUACAGAUUUGAUAAUCUUCCUCCUGGAGACUAUGUUGUUGAUCUUCAUUUUGUGGAGAUCAUUAAUAUAAAUGGGCCAAAAGGAAUGAGGGUAUUCAAUGUAUACAUCCAAGAAGAAAAGGUUCUAUCUGAAUUAGAUAUCUAUGCGGUUGUUGGAGCCAAUAAGCCACUGCAGUUGAUUGAUUCAAGGGUGACUGUGAAGGAUGAUGGGGUAAUUCUCAUAAGAUUUGAAAGUAUAAAUGGAAGCCCAGUUGUUAGUGGGAUUUGCAUUAGGAGAGCAACGAAGGCGUCAGUUCCACAGGUGACAAGCGAUUACAUUAAAUGUAACUACUGUGAUGCGCAGAUUGAAAUUCCUUCCUCACAGAUGAAAGUUAUGCAGACAAAAUCUACUGCAAAGUAUGAGAAUAAGAUAAAGGAGCUCAAAAUGCAGUGUGACCUCAAGGCAAAAGAAUGCUAUGAGGCAUGGAUGUCAUUAACUGCAACGAACGAACAAUUGGAAUCAGUCCAGAUGGAACUUGACAAUGUGACAUUUAAGUCACUCAUUACUGAUCAAACUGUGGAGAAACAAGCUGAAAGCCUGAGGUGUAUCUCUAGCAUGUACGAGCUUGAUAAGAAGAAAUGGACCGAAGCAAUUAGCAGUUUACAGGAAAAAGUAAAGUUGAUGAAGAGUGACUGUAUUCAACUUUCCUUUGAAGCGCAUGAAUGUGUUGAUUCAAUCCCUGAAUUAAACAAGAUGGUUUUUGCAGUUCAGGAAUUGGUUAAGCAGUGUGAAGAUCUCAAAGUGAAGUACAACGAAGAGAUGACACAGAGAAAGAAGCUCUUCAAUGAAGUUCAAGAAGCUAAAGGGAACAUUAGGGUUUUCUGUCGUUGUCGUCCACUGAAUAGGGUUGAAAUCUCAGCUGGGUGUACAACAGUUGUGGAUUUUGAAGCAGCAAAGGAUGGAUGCCUUGGAAUUUUGACAAGUGGCUCCGCCAAAAAAUCUUUCAGAUUUGACAGAGUUUAUACACCAAAAGAUGAUCAAGUUGAUGUUUUUGCUGAUGCCUCAUCGAUGGUAGUAUCUGUGUUGGAUGGCUACAAUGUUUGCAUCUUUGCUUACGGGCAAACAGGAACAGGAAAGACAUUCACCAUGGAAGGAACAGAGCAGAAUAGAGGAGUAAAUUACAGGACUCUUGAGCACUUGUUUAAAGUUAGUAAGGAAAGGAGUGAAACAUUUUCAUAUGACAUAUCUGUUAGUGUGCUUGAGGUUUAUAAUGAACAAAUCAGAGACCUAUUGGCUACAGGGCAAACAUCAAAAAGGUUGGAGAUAAAACAAGUCUCUGAAGGAUCUCAUCAUGUUCCUGGUGUAGUAGAAGCCAAGGUUGAUAACAUAAAUGAAGUGUGGAAUGUACUGCAGGCCGGAAGUAAUGCUAGAGCAGUUGGAAGUAAUAACGUUAAUGAACAUAGCAGUCGAUCUCACUGCAUGCUUUGUAUAAUGGUAAGGGCUAAAAAUUUGAUGAAUGGUGAAUGUACCAAGAGCAAGCUUUGGCUUGUGGAUUUGGCAGGUAGUGAGAGACUAGCAAAGACUGAAGCGCAAGGGGAGCGGCUGAAGGAAGCACAAAAUAUCAAUCGAUCUCUUUCAGCUCUUGGAGAUGUGAUAUCCGCUUUAGCAGCCAAAAGUAGUCACAUUCCAUACAGGAACUCUAAAUUGACACAUUUACUUCAAGACUCGCUAGGAGGUGAUUCCAAAACUUUGAUGCUUGUACAAAUAAGUCCAUCAGACCAGGACUUGGGUGAGACUCUGAGCUCGCUUAAUUUUGCAACUAGAGUGAGGGGGGUCGAGUUAGGUCCAGUUAAGAAGCAAAUUGAUACAAGUGAAAUUCAAAAGAUGAAAGCAAUGCUUGAAAAAGCCCGGAGUGAGUGCAGAAUUAAAGAUGAAUCUAUGCGGAAACUAGAAGAAAAUUUGCAAAGCAUGGACAGUAAGGCCAAAAGCAAGGAUCUUAUUUACAAGAAUCUACAAGAAAAGAUUAAAGAACUCGAAGGCCAGAUUGAGUUGAAGACAGCCAUGCAAAACCAGUCAGAAAAACAAAUUUCUCAGUUAUCUGACAAAUUGAAGGGAAAAGAAGAAACCUGCUGUACUCUCCAACAUAAGGUCAAAGAGCUAGAGAAAAAGCUGAAAGAACAACUACAGUCAGAGACAGCAAGUUUUCAACAAAAGGUUUGGGAUCUAGAAAAGAAGCUGAAAGAUCAAAUGCAAGGGUCAGAGAAUGAAUCUGCCAUUCUAAAAGAUAAGGUCAAGGAGCUCGAGAGAAAACUGAAAGAGCAGGAACAGAACUCAGAAUCCUUGCUUCAACAGAUGAAGGAACUAGAGGAAAGGUACAGAGAGCGAGAGCAACAGUGGCAACAAACUCAUUGUUCUGUUGAUGCAGUAAAGGCAACACCUGACGUAGUAGGUAAAAGCUGCAAAAGUGAUGAAUGUCCAAGUGAGAAUGAGGCUCGCAUUUUAAGGUGUUCAAACACAGUAAACCGCCAGAUAAGUCAAGGUUCUAUUUUGUUCAAAGGGAAUGAUUCUACUCAGCAGAUAAGAAGCAAAAGAGAGUUCAGAAGCAAUGAAACAGAGAACAACUUUGUCAUGUCAUCAUCAUCUACUUUACAUGAUAGAAGAAGAGUCACAAGGAAAUCUGAUCCACCUAAAAUAGUAAAGGUUGGAAGGCCAACUACGAAGCCAGUCAUUGCUACUCAAGCUCCAUUGUCUCACAAGAGAGCUAGCACAAGCAGAGAUAAUGUUCAAGGAAUUAGAGAAAGGGAUAGUAAGAAGAAAAUUUGGUCAAGAUAG